AUGGACCCCAUAGCGGCUGUUGAAGCGAAAAUCGUCAAAGUUGCGGAUGAAAUACAAGCCGUUGGUGCAGCGAUAGCGGCUUGUACAGAUAAGGAUACAUUAGACUUCCUAUGGAAGGAAAAGUUGCUCCUGCGUAAGAAAAAGUUGCUCCUGCGUAAGGAGAAAGAACAGUUACGCGAGGAAAAGCUAAUUUUGCUUCGCAAAGAUACGGAUGCGACGCGCGCUGACAAACCCAAGUCCUUCUCAUCAGUGGCCUUGACGGAGGCUGAGCAGGUUUUGCGCACCAUCGGCAUCGAGGAGUGCGAUGGCAGGGAUGUGGCAAACGAGGAACUGCAGGUUCCCCCUGGCACGGCCGUCUGCGAUGAAUUCGACGUUACACCAUACCGGUCUGAGGACGAAGCUACACCGCGGCUCCUGCAGCACCACCAGGAGCAGCUGGAGCGCCUGGGAGUAAAAUUUGAUGUGCUAGGCGGCUUCCAAAUGUUUGACGUGCACAAUCGCGCGUCUGAUUCCCUGACAAUCUGCUGUGGUGGCCAAACCUAUUGUGGCAUCUUUGACGGCUGUGUAGCACCAUAUGGCCUGAUGGGCUUCGGUUCCCUGGAACAGAGCCGUAUCAUAUACGAGCACAAGAGGCCACCACAGGACACAUCGGCUAAAGCCCAGGCAGUCAUGAAACUGCUGGCUGCUAACGCCUAUGGGCCAUGUCCAGUGAUGCUGGAUGUGACGGAUGGCACCACGCACGAUGUGUACACCAUUCGUGGGAAGCAGCUCAUCACUUGGGCUGGGCUGGACCCAACACAGGCCUACUACCUGCAGGCGCAGCACCUCCAGGCAGAUGAGAAACGCGCGCUUUGGUCGCUAGAGCUGGAGCAGAUUCCGGAGGAGGAGCAGGUGUGGAUGCGAAAACUGCACGAACUGCGCCCUGUUUCGGGCCUGAAGGAGCAGCUGGACUCGAUCAUUCCCUUCCUGCCUCCGGAGGAGCGUAUGUCCACGGCGUUUGAACUCAUCCACUCGUGGGCACGGACACAAGCGGAGCCGUUUUCCUGACCGCUUUCCAACCUACAUCAGCUGAACUGGGACGCUCUGCCACUCCGGGCCUUGUCCCAACCCUGAAGGCUGUUCCGCGGAGGUCAGUGUGCGCUGCGCCUGUCACAACAAGUACCGUGCCAAGUGGAAGUGCUCGAAGGUGCAGGCUGCGUUGGAGCGCGCCGGCCAGCCACGAACGUACGAUGACACGCAGGCCAGCAUGACGCGACUGACGCGGGCAAAAUGGGAGGCGUUGGCGGCUAAGAAGGACACUGAGCGGCUGCGUCAGCAGCGACUGACUGCUAUUGUGCGGGGGGUCAUGAUGGGCAUUGUGGUUGCGCUAGGCUUGCUGCUGGCUUGGGGCAUCAAGGCCGUCCUGUGGUACCUGGACGAAAUGAUGCAAUCAUCGUGUGUAGCCCUUGAUGCAGCGAUAGCGGCUUGCAUAGAUAAGGAUGAAUUAGCCUACCUACGGCAGGAAAAGUUGUUCCUGCUUGAGAAGGAUUUGCUCCUGCAAAAGGAGAAGUUGAAGCUGCUUGACGAGAAGGAGCAGCUGCGUAAGAAGGAAGAACAAAUUCGCGAGGAAAAGAUUAUUUUACUUCGCAAAGAUGCGGAUGCGACGCGGGCUCACAAGUCCAAGUCCUUCUCGUCAGUGGCCUUGACGGAGGCUGAGCAGGUUUUGCGCACCAUCGGCAUCAGGCCGUGUGAUGGCAGUCGCUUGGCAACACCACCAGGAGCAGCUGGAGCGCCUGGGAGUAAAAUUUGA